AUGGAUACUUUCUACAUAUGGACCAUCGGCUGCCAGAUGAACAAGGCCGACUCGGAACGGUUGGGAUCGGCCCUGGAGCAGCUUGGCCUUCGCCCGGUGGAAAAUGCCAAGGCCGCCGAUGUAAUUGUCCUGAACUCCUGUGUGGUCCGCCAGGGCGCCGAAGACAAGGUGGUCGGCAACCUCUGGAUGGUAAACCCCCUCAAGAAGCAGCAGCCCGACCGCGUGCUGGCCCUCAUGGGCUGCAUGGUCAGCCGCCCGGUGGACGAUGUGGCCCACGAGGUGGAACUGCUGGUCAACCGGGGCGUUCGCGAGGUAACGGUGCUGGGGCAGACCGUGGAUGCCUACGGUUAUGACCUGCCCGAAAAGCCUGACCUCUCCCUGCUGCUCACUCGCCUGAACGACAUUGACGGCCUCGACCGCAUCCGCUUCCUGACGUCCCACCCUUCCUACAUGGAUGACCGGAUCAUCCAGGCCGUGGCCGACCUGCCCAAGGUGUGCGAGCACAUCAACCUGCCGGUACAGGCCGGUAACGACGAAGUCCUCCAGCGAAUGCGCCGCCCCUACACGCGGGACCAUUACCGCGAACUGGUGGGGCGAAUCCGAGACACCAUCCCCGGCGUGUCCAUGAGCACCGACAUUAUCGUGGGCUUCCCCGGCGAGACGGAAGAACAGUUCGAGCAGACCAUGGACCUGGUGUCCGAACUGCGCUUCGACAAGGUGCAUUGCGCCGCCUACUCCACCCGCCCGGGCACCACUGCCCACCGCACCAUGGAGGAUGAUGUUCCCAAGGAGGUCAAGGACUGCCGGAUGAAGGAACUGGACUCCCUCCAGGAAAGCAUCCUGCGGGAUACCAACUCCGUCCUGGUCGGCCAGACUCUCGAGGUCCUCGUGGAAGGGCGCAAGCGGGGCAAGUGGCAGGGCCGCACCCGCACCGACAAGCUGGUCUUCAUUGCCGACGAUGAGGACGCCGGCGAUCGCGUCCAGCCCGGCCAGUCGGUGAACCCCGGCGACUUGGUGAACGUGGAAAUCAGCCAGGCCAGCCCCUGGGCCCUGCAGGGUCAGGCCGGGGACAAGUCCUGA